AUCCCUACCGUCUGGUCCUGAGCCGUGUACGCGGGCGGGCAAAGGUCGGGACGUGAUGAUCUCAUGCCCCACGCGAUGAUGUCAUCCGCGCCCUGGUGCACACAGGGCACGUUCUCGCCGGUCCUACGCCGUCCGAGGAACUCCUAGUUGCCUACGGGUGCGGGGUUCAUAGUGUCGGUGCGCUUCGUAGGGCACACGCACCGAGACGCGCUAGGACUCGGCGACCCGGACGCCGCGGCGCCUGCAGCUCAGGCCCGCCUCUGCCCUCCCCCAAGGCCGGCCCAAUCCCGCCCAGUUGGCCCGGCGGUCUCCGGCGCAGAGGCUGGGCUAGGGGGCCCUGCAGCUCCGGAGGUCGCCGUGGGCUGAGAGCGCAGGCUGUCAGAGGCUAUGUUGGGCAAGGAUUAUAUGCUGGCCAUCAUUCUGGUCAACUGCGAUGAUGACUUGUGGGGGGACCAAAAUCUGGAGGGGGAGACAGGAUUACCCCCUGGCUGGAGAAAGAUCCGUGAUGCUGCAGGCACUUACUAUUGGCAUGUACCCAGCGGUAGCACUCAGUGGCAGCGCCCAACCUGGGAACUAGGAGGUGCAGAGGACCCAGGAACGAGGACGGAGGGGAUUUGGGAACUGCGACCCCCCAAGGGGAGAUCCUUCUCCAGCCUGGACAGUUCAUUGAACCGGAGUAACUCUCUAACAUGGUAUGGUGAAGAUUCCUAUGUCCGGAGCCUGGAGCCAGGAGCUAAGUGCUUUGCAGUCCGCUCUCUGGGCUGGGUAGAGGUGCCUGAGGAGGACCUGGCACCAGGGAAGAGCAGUAUUGCUGUCAAUAACUGUAUCCAGCAGCUGGCCCAGACUCGCAACCGGAGCCAGCCCCAUGAUGGUGCCUGGGGUGAGGGCCAGAACAUGUUGAUGAUCCUGAAGAAAGAUGCCAUGAGCCUGGUGAAUCCCCUGGACCACAGUCUGAUCCAUUGUCAGCCUCUGGUUCACAUCCGUGUCUGGGGUGUGGGCAGCUCCAAGGGCCGUGACAGUCUUAUCCCUGCCCUUGCUAGGGACUUUGCCUUUGUUGCGGGUGACAAAGACAGCUGUAUGCUCAAGUGCCAUGUGUUUCGCUGUGAUGUGCCUGCAAAGGCCAUUGCAAGUGCUCUACAGGGGCUCUGUGCACAGAUCUUGUCGGAGAGGGUAGGAGUCAGUGGAGAAGCUGCUUGCUGUUCCCCGGAUCCUAUUUCCCCUGAAGACUUCCCAAGGCAAGUGGAGUUGCUGGAUGCAGUGAGCCAGGCUGCUCAGAAAUACGAGGCACUGUACAUGGGGAUCCUACCAGUCAACAAAGCCAUGGGUAUGGAUGUGCUGAAUGAGGCCAUUGGUACCCUCACUGCCCGGGGGGACCAGAAAACCUGGGUUCCUGCUAUGCUCAGUGUGUCUGACUCUCUGAUGACUGCGCAUUCCAUUCAGGCAGAGGCUAGUGCAGAGGAAGAACCAUUGUGGCAGUGCCCUGUGCGUCUUGUGACCUUUAUUGGUGUUGGCCGUGAUCCACAUACCUUUGGCCUCAUCGCUGACCUUGGUUGUCAGAGAUUCCAGUGUGCAGCCUUCUGGUGCCAGCCUCAUGCUGGGGGACUUUCUGAAGCUGUGCAAGCUGCCUGUAUGGUUCAAUACCAGAAGUGUCUGGUGGCCUCAGCAGCUCGGGGUAAGGCCUGGAGUGCCCAGGCCCGUGCCCGCCUUCGGCUCAAGCGGACCAGCUCCAUGGACACCCCUGGUGGCCCCCUGCCUCCCCCACUACUCAAAGGAGGGGUUGGUGGUGCUGGGGCAGCUCCUCGAAAGCGGGGCGUCUUCUCAUUUCUUGAUGCCUUCAGGCUAAAACCUUCUCUUCUCCAUAUGUCCUAAACUGAUCUUAGAG